GUGCGGUAAACGGUAGCCGGAACUGGGAAUGUCGAGGACGCUCAAGCAACGAGCGAAGGGAGAACUGGUGACCGACUUGAGUAAGUGGAGAUUGAAGAAUGUAUGCGGUCGUCAGACGUGGCACUAUGAUGAGGAAGGAAAAUGGGGACGAGAACAGACGUUGUUUGAGAGACAUGCGUUGGGAUUAGACACGAGUGAUAUUGCUCCUGAUUUACCGCCUCCUUCUCAUCUGUCUGAAGUUCUUCAAAAUGGAAUGUCGUUCUACUGCAGGCUGCAAGUGGAAGAUGGUCACUGGGCUGGAGACUAUGGUGGGCCAUUGUUCUUAUUGUCAGGUUUGGUCAUUACAUGUUAUGUGACUGGAGUUUCACUUGCACAACAUCAGAGAGUAGAGAUGAUUCGGUACCUUAGAAAUGUCCAAGGAGUUGAUGGAGGAUGGGGAUUGCACACAGAAGGCAAAUCAACUGUGUUUGGAACAGCUCUAAAUUAUGUCGCCAUGCGCUUGUUAGGAGUUGAUAGUGAUGACAAUGAUGUUGUGCGUGCAAGAGUGUUCCUUCAUCAAAAAGGUGGUGCUGCAGCGAUUCCAUCUUGGGGAAAGUUUUGGCUGUCUAUUUUGAAUGUUUAUGAUUGGGAUGGUUGUCACUCUAUUUUCCCAGAAAUCUGGUUACUACCAACUUGGUUUCCUGCUCAUCCAUCAAAGCUGUGGUGUCACUGCAGGCAGAUUUAUCUACCAAUGGCUUACUGCUAUGCUGCAAAAAUCCAAGCUAAAGAGGACAGUCUGAUAAGAAGCCUCAGGCAGGAAUUAUAUGCACAACCUUAUGACACCAUCAAUUGGUCCUCACAACGAAACAAUGUGGCUGAUAUUGACAUCUACACGCCACACAGCUGGACUCUUUGUGCUACAUUUGUUGUAUUGGAUCUUUAUGAAAAGUUUCAUGUGAAGAGCUGGCGAGAGAAGGCAAUCACUCAUUGUCUGGAACACAUAAAAGCAGAUGAUCGUUUUACGAAAGGCAUCAGCAUAGGACCAAUUUCUAUGGUGAUUAAUAUGUUGGUUGAGUGGCAUGCAGAUGGACCGAACACGGAUGUAUUCAGAGAGAAAGUUGAUCGAAUUUCUGAUUAUUUAUGGAUGGGCACUGACGGCAUGAAGAUGCAAGGCACAAAUGGGUCACAGGUGUGGGAUGCUGCGUUUGCUGUGCAAGCUUUGCUAACUGCUGGGGUUCAUCGUCUUCCUGAGUUGCAAAAAUAUGUGAAGGAAGUCCAUGAAUUUCUGAAAGAUGCACAAAUUCCAGAGAACCCACCCAACUAUGAGACAUAUUACAGACAGAUGAAUAAAGGUGCCUUUCCAUUCAGUACUAGAGACUGUGGCUGGAUUGUCUCUGAUUGCACAGCUGAAGCGUUUAAGGCUUUGAUGAUGUUACAAGAUGAGUGCACUUUUCUGGAUGAUUGUGUGCCAAAAGAGAGAUUCUGUCAAGCUGUUGAUGCACUUCUGAACAUGACAAAUUCUAAUGGUGGCUUUGCAACGUAUGAGACUUUACGAGGAGGAUAUUUGCUGGAGCUUUUAAAUCCAUCAGAAGUCUUUGGUGACAUAAUGGUUGACUAUACUUACGUUGAGUUGACAUCAGCUGUUAUUCAAUCACUCGACUAUUUUCACAGCAGAUAUCCACUAUACAGAGGAGAUGAAAUCAGGGCUACUAUUCAUGAUGGGGUGAGAUACAUUAGAAGCAUUCAACGGGAUGAUGGAUCUUGGGAAGGUUCGUGGGGAGUUUGUUUCACAUAUGGAACAUGGUUUGGACUAGAAGCAUUGGCAUUGGAUGGCAAGCGAUAUGACACACAGAUGGCAGAUGAUGCAGUGAUGAGGGCUUGCAAAUUUCUUUGCAGCAAACAGAGAGAAGACGGAGGAUGGGGAGAAGCGUUCAAGUCUUGUGAGGAGAGAAAAUACAUUGAAACUCCUGAGUCUCAGAUUGUUAUGACAGCUUGGGCUCUACUAGGACUGAUGGCUGUGCACUACCCUGAUCAGAAAGUUAUUGAGAGAGGCAUCAAGUUGAUUAUUAGCAGACAGUUACCAGAUGGAGACUGGCCUAAGGAGGCAAUAGCUGGUGUUUUCAACAAGACGUGUGCCAUUGAAUACACAUCUUAUCGCAAUGUUUUUCCAAUUUGGGCUUUAGGCAAGUUUCUCAGUCAAUAUCCAGACAGUCAACUCGUUACGUCUUUGCAGCUCAACAAGAAAUCGAAUUGAUUACAAUAAACUAGGGAAUAUUAUUUGAGUUGUCAGAGAUAUAGACCAAUCUACAUAUAUGCAUAGACCUAUACAUGUAGGGUAAUGUAUUGCUUUUCUGUGUGCACACUGUGAUCAAGAAUUCCAGGAAAGACAAAGCUAGUGGUGUGAAAUAUA